GCUCGGGCUAUAUAUUAUUAACAAUGUGGCAUCAAGUUUCAAUGAAAUUUUUCAUCACAUGACAAUAAAGCGCAACGUAAUAAUAUUGUUCUUUGAAAAUUAAAAAAGAAUGUUGGUUCAUUAAAACAAUUUAACAGCCAAUAUAUGCAGAGUCUAGCUACAAUUUUCGCUCAGUGUAACUCGGAGCAUUUAUAAUGUAAUCAAUAAAAAUAUCUUACUGGACGACGAAUGAUAACACGGGAACUAUUUCUUUGAAACAUCACUGAACACGUUUGCUAUUAAUUAUAUGUUCUGUUGAAACGAGGACUGUAAGUGUACAAUCAAAUGUACUCUAUAUAAAAAAAAAACAGAAAAGGAAAUGAAUGUGGAACGUUUUGCUACCAAUAUUGUGUUAUUUGGUCUUGUGUUAUUCAUAAUAAAACUGUAUACAGGCAAACUGCAUGAGUACUCGUACACUACAAAAACUUUACUGCCGAAGGUAUCAGUGGAUAACAAUGGAAAUACUUACGGCGAAUACCAGAGAUUAGUAGACACUAUUCAAGUGAAUUGCGAAAAUAAAACAAGAUGCGGGCCGAACAGCUACUCCGGUUACACUGUAUGCAUGGACAGGCCAUAUAAACCAAGAACACCAUGUAUUGUUUAUUCUUUUGGAUCAAACUUCAUGUUUGGAUUCGAAAUUGAUGUUCUAAAGAAGUUUAAAUGUGAAAUCCAUACAUUCGAUCCAAGUUCUCCAGUUGCUGGUCAUCAUAUUCCACAAAGCAUUAAUUUUCAUCUUAUUGGAUUAUCCGACACCGACUCUACUAACAAGCUGGGAUGGAAAAUGAGAAAACUCUCAUCAAUUCGGAAGUCGUUAAACCAUACUGAUACAAUUUUGGAUAUAUUGAAGUUAGACAUUGAGGGCUACGAGUGGAAUGCAAUCCAACAGGUUAUUUCAGCUAGAUCUUACACUAAUAUCAAGCAAAUUCUUUUAGAAUUUCAUUUUGGAAAGCUGGAAAAGAAUGUAUAUAAAUACGGAUAUUCGAUGAAAAAGGGCGACUACUGGGGAGACAUAAAAAGCUCUGAACAACUAAAAGUACUGAAACAGCUAUAUAAUAGUGGUUUUCACGUGUUCUAUAGUUCAAGAGUUCUGCAUUCAAGGAUAAAAUUCCCUAAAUCUUAUAACCAGAGCAUAUUUGCCCUUAAUGUAAUAUCACUGGUCAAUACCAAUUUAAAAUAAAUGUGGGAAAAUGAGAAUCAAACCGAUGAGUAUUAACAGAAAUGUUUGGAUUAAAAGAGCUUGGUUCGCUAAUGUAUAUAAAUGGCACCGAAUUUAGCCAUAUUAUACAAUACUUAUUCUACAUUGAAACAUAUGCAGUCCGUAACAAGUAAACACCAUGCUUCAAUUAUAAGUAAAUAGCUUUGAAAAAUAA